AUGCAGCGCAACAACCUCGUUUUUCUGCGUCCCAAACGCCCCAUGUUUAAGCUAGUCGUCACGGCCUUGCUCUGUCAGGUGACCGCCACCCUCCCAGAAGGGACUAAAGCUUUUAUUCUGGACGGAGCCCAAAAGACCGCGUCGAACGAACUCCUCGACCUCGAACUUGACGGGCGCUUUCGCGACUUGUCGGUCCCUGAGCCGUCGGUCGCAGAGUUGUUGGUCGCAGAUACAAGCUCGCUGGAUACAACAGACAGCGACUCCGUCCGCUCGAAAGGUGACCCAGUCGUCCGCUCCAUUUACGAGCGGCCGACGUUCAUCGCUCGCAAUGAGGCUCACAACCAGCCUCAAGUCAAUGUAACGAGAGACAACUCCGCUAAUAGUCUUGUUGGCGACUUCGGGGGCAGCUCGGGGGACGAUUCCGCUACGGCUGCGCGUUUGCCGCAAACACGCGCGGCACGAAAUCGGGCGGCGCACACAGGUGUGGCGCACGGGCGGAUAUUCGGACCCGAGUUGGCGGCGGACUUGGUUGUGCCGCGGCGGUUAUGGAAGGCUAUUAGUCGCUUUUCGGUGUUCGAUUCGGAGGGUCAGCGUCGGUCUGUGCGAGCGGGUGGACUCUCAGCUCUACUGAGUCAGCUGUGGAUACCCUCACACCUGCAACGCCACCUCUUCCCUCCACCACCCAUCGACUACAUGACCGAACUCAAACGCAUUGAAUCCCGAGUCCAUCACAUACUCACCAGAGACCAACCACCGACUCGCAACCUCUUUGAGGCACAGCGAGACUUUGGUCCACCCCUCGACCUUCGCAGACUAAUUUCUUUCGCACCCCUCCUGCCCUGA